AUGAAGACCCUCAAGAAGGAAUCCCGCGCCAGAAUCCCCACCGGCAGGUUCUUGGAGGCCGCAGAGAACCUCAAAGAAAAGAAGUGGGCAAAGGCACCUGAACAGACCACAUCCCCCAUUCAGGAGGAGCCUGAGCCCGUCAGCAAUGUCUUACAAGGAGAUGACAUUCUGGCCUUGGCCAUUAAGAAGGAAGACUUGAAGAAGCAACAUAGUCCUCGAUCUACAAGAGAAACGUCUGUUGUUACCCAGAAAUUUAUCAUCCGUAAGCCCAAACCCAAGGAGCCUGGCAAGAAGGUCUACCAUUUGGUAGCACAUCCUGCCAAUCCAGAUGCAGCCUCAAAGCCCCUGGACUACUCUGGUCCCAGUGACAGCUUCUUAGGCAAUGACCAGAUCCUGCCUCACCAGAUCUUGGGGAGUCUCCAGGACUUUAAAAGAAUUGCAGUUGCUCGAGGGAAUACUCAGCUGGCUGAGCUGAUACACAUCCAACCCUUCCUGAAGACCCUCAUCUCAGCUAAAGAAGAGCCAAGGCCAAAGGCCCCAAAGGAAGAGAAGAGACCUCCAUGGGCCCCUCCUCCUCAGCACAACUUUCUGAAAAACUGGAGGCGGCACAUUGCCUUGUGGAAGAAGCAGCAGGAGGCCCUCAGUGCACACCUGAAGAAGCCAGUCAGUGAGCUGUUGAUGCACACUGGGGAGACCUACAGAAAGAUCCAGGAGGAACGGGAGCUCAUUGACCGUGCGCUUCCAACCCAGCAUGACAUGAAAGGCUUCAAGGCAUCCAGCUGGUUCUGGAGUCCACUGGAAUACCUGGGGGAUGAGAUGACAGGUUUGCUCAUGACCAAGACAAAAACUCAGCGGGGCCUGAUAGAGCCCAUCACGCACAUCAGGAAGCCCCACUCCAUCCGGAUAGAGACUGGAUUGCCAACCCAGAAGGAUGCUUGGUACCGCUAUACCUGGGACCGGAGUCUGUUUCUGAUCUACCGACGCAAGGAGCUACAGAGCAUCAUGGCCGAGCUGGAUUUCAGCCAGCAGGAUAUCGAUGGCCUGGAGGUGGUGGGCCGUGGGAAGCCCUUCUCGUCUGUAACAGUGGAAGAGUACCCAUCAUAUGAAAAAAGCGAGGAGAGCUCCUCUGAAGACACAGUGUACCUAGAUUCAUUGACCAGCGUCUCUGACAUGGUCCCCAUGCCUACUCUGGGCCCUUCACUGCUGUUCUGUGGGAAGCCAGCUUGCUGGAUCAGAGGCAGUAACCCAGAGGACAAGAAAAACAUUGGAAUCGGUGUUUGUUUGACCUUUGAAACACUUGAAGGAGAGAAAACAUCUUCAGAACUGACUGUGGUCAAUAAUGGCACUGUGGCUAUUUGGUAUGACUGGCGACGGCGGCCCCAGCAGGAUUCUUUCCAAGAUCUGAAGAGAAACAGGACUCAGCGGUUUUACUUUAACAAUCGGGAAGGUGUGAUUCUGCCUGGGGAAACGAAAAACUUUACCUUCUUCUUCAAGUCUUUGAAUGCUGGCAUCUUCAGGGAAUGUUGGGAGUUCGGAACCCACCCUACCCUCCUGGGAGGCGCUGGCCUUCAGGUCACUCUCCGUGCAAUCUCCCUGACCCAGGACAUUUUUAGGGAUGAGAGGAAGUUUUUGGAGAACAAGCUGACUGGCCAGGAGGCAGUCACAGUCGCACAGAGUGUGCUGCAGGAACUGCUGAGGGGGAUCUCAACCCCACAGCGCAUGCCAUCUCCCGUGGAUGCCUACCUCACUGAGGAAGACUUGUUCUGCUAUAGGAACCCUCGGCUGUAUUACCAGUAUCAGGUGGUACAAAACCUGCAUCAGCUAUGGGACCAAUACAUAGUCCUGCCUCUAAAGACUGAGGAAGCCGUGCCAGGCCAGGAGGAUCCCCUCAGUGCCAGAGCCCAGGUUGGUUCCAUGCCAUUUGUGUAUGUGGAAAAGGCCCCAGCAAACCUUGAUCAAUCCAUGAGCACCAGAAGCCCAGUCUUGGAGUCUCCACAACUCCAACACGAGAUAGAGGCCCUCAGGGACCCCCAAGAUUCCUUUCUGUCUCAGAAGACUGGCACAGGCCCCAAGAAUUCCUCAGGGAAGAGCAUUAUGGAGGAGAUCCUGGUGGAGGAGAACCUAGACAUGGAUUAUAACAAGAGCCCCUGGGAGCAGGAAAGCUCUCCCCUGCCCAGAUGGAACCUGUGCCUAGAGGACUUCAGAAAGGCAGUGAUGACCCUCCCUGAGGAACCCCAGAGAGAGGAAGCCCUCAUCCAGCUCAACAAGGCAGCUGUGGAGCUGUGUCAGGAGCAGAAGCCGUUGCAGUCCAACAUCCUGCACCAGAUGUGUUUGCAGUUAUGGCGAGAUGUGGUUGAUAACCUGGUGAGCCAUUCGCUGUGGCUGAAGGUUCUGCUGGAACUACCUGAAAAGGAGACAGUGUAUUUGGAUAUGCUAGAAGAGCAAGAUCGAAAAUCCCUUCCUGUCAUGGAAGUGAAGGUGGCAUCUGGGAAAGUUGGGAAGGAAGAGCGGAAAGGGGCUGCUCAGGAAAAGAAGCAAUUGGGAAUCCGAGACAAAGAAGACAAAAAGGGAGCCAAGGCACCAGGGAAAGAGGACCGCCUCAACAGCAAGAAACAGAAGACAAAGGAUGAAAAGAAAAUAGUGAAGUCUACAAGCCGGGACAGGCUCUCCUCGGAUGACCCUACACCUGACAGCAUGGUGCCUUCACAGGAGCCCAUAGACCCCCUGGUCUUGGAGAAAUACACCCAGAGGUUGCAUGCUGAGGUCUAUGGGCUGCUGGAUACCUUGGUGACUGAAAUGAUGGUCCUGGCUGAUGAACUUGGCCCCACAAAGAGUGCUGAGGACCUUUGCGUCUUUGCAGCUGACUCUUGGGCCCAAGCAGCCUCCUGAGAAAAUGGUUAGAAAAAGUCAAUAAAGAACCUUUAGGUUUCUACCACUUCGUAGUGCCUUUGGGGAUGUUGAGUAUCAAUCGUG